AUGGUUGAAAAGAAGAAAAAUGGAUCUUUGCGCGUUUGUGUCAAUUUCAUGGAUCUAAACAGCGCCUGCCCAAAGGAUUGUUUUCCUCUUCCCAGAAUUGACCAACUUGUGGACGCAAUGACACAUCAUCAGUGCAUGAGCUUUUUGGAUGCCUACAGGAGUAAUCACCAAAUUGCCAUGCAUUCGGAGGAUCAAGAAAAGGCCGCAUUCCUCACCCCAAGGGGAACCUAUUGCUAUAAGGCCAUGCCUUUCGGACUGAAGAAUGCGGGGGCAACUUACCAGAGACUGGUUACAACUAUGUUCAAAGAACAACUCGGCCGCACUAUGGAAGUAUACAUUGAUGACAUGGUGGUAAAGUCCAAGGAAAAGCACGACCAUUUGGCCGAUUUAGCAGAGACCUUCGACAUUCCUCAAAAGUACAAGAUGAAACUGAACGCCACGAAAUAUGCAUUCGACAUCGGAUCCGGAAAGUUUCUUGGCUAUAUUGUCAACCAUCAUGGAAUAGAGGCCAACCCGAGGCAGAUCACAGCAAUUCUAGAACUCGGCUCCUCUCGAUCGAUCAAAGAAGUUCAAAAGUUGAUGGGGAUGGCCGCCGCCCUGAAUAGGUUUAUCAUGCUACUAAAGGAAGAACUUGGGGAACAGCGACCAAUCUACUAUGUAAGCAAGGCCAUGGUCGACAUCGAAAUGCAAUAUCUACCACUAGAAAAGCUUAUCCUUGCUCUCAUGGUGGCUGCAAGAAAAUUGAUGCGCUAUUUUCAGGCUCACACCAUAGGGGUAUUAACGGACUAUCCCCUCCAGUCAACGAUCCGCAGGGCGAAAGCAUCAGGACAAGUCUCGAAAUGGGAUUUGGAACUCGGCCAAUAUGAUAUCCAGUUUUUUCCUAGAAUCGCCAUCAAAGGGCAAGUGCUUGCCGACUUUGUAGCCGAGUUCAUGGGAUGCCAUGCCGACUUCAAGUCUGAUCAAGUGCAAUCUAAACCCAACUGGCGAAUGUAUGUUAGAGAUAUUUGGCAGAUGUACUGUGACGGAUCAUCUAACCAAUGUGGCAGUAGGGAAGGCAUAGUAAUCAUAACCCCCGAAGGGGCAAUAAUCGAGCAAGCGGUCAAACUGGGCUUUAAUGCAUCAAAUAACGAGGCCGAAUACGAAGCAUUGCUAAACGGGCUUUGUAAUGCACUUCAUCUUGGUGCACGGCGGUUGCUUGUUUUCUGUGACUCGAAAUUAGUCAUCAACCAGUUAAAAGGGGAGUAUGCAGCUAAAAAUGACCACACGACAGCCUACAUGAAAACAGCGAAUUCCUUGCUCUCGGAAUUUGACCACCACGAAUUAAAUCAGAUAACCCGGGAUCAGAACACGCAUGUGGAUGCCCUUGCUUGUCUAGCCUCUACUAUUAACUCAGAAGUCAAACGAACAAUCGAAGUAGGCUUCAUCCUAGAGCUAAGCAUCUCCUCUUCUGAACCAGUUCAAGCUAACAUCAUUGAACCGGGACCAAGUUGGAUGGACCCUAUUGCUGCAUUCCUUUCCUUAAAAUAG